AUAUCCCCCAACGUGCCGUACAUGGCGGCUGAGCUCGUCAUCGCCUUCUUAUCCACCGUGGGCAACGUGCUCGUCUGCGCCGCCGUGGGUCUCAACCGCAAGCUGCGCACCGUCACCAACUACUUCCUGGUGUCGCUGGCGGUCGCCGACAUCUGCGUCGGCGCCGUCGCCAUCCCCUGUGCCAUUUUGACGGACGCCGGCUUGCCGCGCCAGCACUUUCACCUGUGUCUGCUCACGCUGAGCGUCCUCAUCAUGUUCACGCAGAGCUCCAUCUUCAGCCUGCUGGCCGUGGCCGUGGAGCGCUACGUCGCCAUCUUCAUGCCGUUCCGCUACUGCGCCCUGAUGACGCCGCGCAACGCCGCGCUGGUCAUCCUCGCCACCUGGCUGCUGGCCUUCCUCAUCGGCCUCGUGCCUCUGAUGGGCUGGCACAAGACGCCGUCGGAUUCCGACGACUGCUUCUUCGUCCUGGUGGUGGACAUGACCUACAUGGUUUACUUCAACUUCUUCGCCUGCGUGCUCGCGCCGCUGCUCGUCAUGUUCCUCAUCUACGCCAGGAUCUUCGUCGCGGUGAAGCGGCAGCUGCGGCGCGUCGACGCCGAGCCGGGCGGACAGCGCCACAUGCGCAGAGAGACCAAGAUGGCCGCGUCCCUCUUCCUCGUCCUUUUCCUCUUCGCCGUCUGCUGGAUCCCGCUGCACCUCAUCAACUGCUUCCUGCUGCUCUGCCCGCGCUGCUCGGUGCCGCUGGAGCUGCUGCUCGCCGCCAUCAUCCUGUCGCACGCCAACUCCGCCGUCAACCCUUUCCUGUACGCGUACACCAUGACGGCUUUCAGGGACACGUUUAAGGCGAUCCUCUCGUGCGGCAGGUUUGCUCCGAACAGGAACAACGGCGACGAGACAAACCCUUGA